GUUACCACCCCAACUACCUUCUCCAUUACUACAAACCCUUUCAUAGUAUGCAAAAAGUGUUAAAGAUUUCACCAAAUAAAGCUGAAACAAGAGCCCCCCUCUCCAUCUCUAUCUCUGUUAUUCUUUGGUAUAUGAGCUUCUUUGCUUUCCCUUUCUCUCCUGUAGACCACCAGUGACACACACACACUCUUUUUUUUAUUAAUUACUUUUGGUCUUUUCCUUAAACUGUUUCACAAACAAGAAAGCAACCAAAACUACCCCAUUUUACACUCAUUCCCCUUUAAAUUCCCCCCAUGCCAUGCCCACCAACACUAAAAGCCAAUAUUCCACCACUCCUAAUUCUUGAUUCACAAGUCAAACAAAUUCUCUUUUCAAGAUUCUUGGUCCAUGGAUGAAUUGGAGUUUAAUAAGAGGAGGCAUGUUCCUGCAUUUGGGAGCUGGGAUUGCAAUGGAGAUUUGCCGUUCACGCAGUGCUUUGAGACGGCGAGGGAGGCUGGGGGUGAGCGUGACUUGUACGUCGCCGGUGAUUUGUAUGACAGUGAUGGCUUCACUCCUGCUAUGAUUGUUGUACCUCGCCACAGAGGAAAAAUUUCAAGAAAAAAAGAUGGGAAAAAGAAGAAGGGGAGAGUGGUGUGGAAUUGCGAAUUUGAGUUGAAAGCACCGCCAAGCCCCGCGGAGAGCUCGGCGGUGGCUCCACCGCGUCGGCCGCCGCCAAAAGCCGCGGACGAGGAUUUGUACAAAAUCUCCCCGGACCUCCUCCGUGCCCAAUCAAAAAGGAAGAGAGGAUGGAAAUUAUUGUGGAGCUGCCUACCUCCUUGCGCCUAAUACAAACCAUAUUCAUGUACAACAUGUCUGGUUCAAGAAAUAUCCUAUUCCUAAAGUUGUAACGUCUUGUAAAAAUGUUUGAAUUGUUCACUCAGUUUAUUUCAUGCUUAAGCUUAAAAUUGCA